AUGAGUGUGGAAGAUGGGGGUAUGCCAGGCCUAGCCCGUCCAAGACAGGCUCGCUGGACCCUGAUGCUUUUCCUGUCUACUGCCAUGUAUGGUGCCCAUGCACCAUUCUUAGCACUGUGCCAUGUGGAUGGUCGAGUGCCCUUCCGACCCUCCUCAGCUGUGUUACUUACUGAGCUGACCAAGCUACUAUUGUGCGCCUUCUCCCUCCUAGUAGGCUGGCAAACAUGGCCCCAGGGCACAGCACCCUGGCGCCAGGCCGCACCUUUUGCAUUGUCAGCCCUGCUCUAUGGCGCCAACAACAACCUGGUGAUCUAUCUGCAGCGUUACAUGGACCCCAGCACCUAUCAGGUGCUGAGCAAUCUCAAGAUUGGAAGCACGGCUCUGUUGUACUGCCUCUGCCUUGGGCAUCGCCUCUCUGCACGUCAGGGAUUGGCAUUGCUGCUGCUGAUGGCUGCAGGAGCCUGCUAUGCAUCCGGUGGCUUUCAGGAUCCUACGAACACCCUUCCUGGGCCCCCAUCAGCAGCUGGCGCCCGUCCCAUGCCCUUGCAUAUCACUCCACUGGGACUUCUGCUCCUCAGCUUAUACUGCCUCAUCUCCGGCUUGUCAUCGGUGUACACAGAGCUGAUCAUGAAGCGGCAGCGUUUGCCCUUGACUCUCCAGAACCUCUUCCUCUACACAUUUGGGGUGAUUCUGAACCUUGGACUGUAUGCUAGCAGUGGCCCAGGUCCGGGCUUCCUAGAAGGUUUCUCUGGAUGGGCAGUGCUUGUGGUGCUGAACCAGGCUGUAAAUGGACUGCUCAUGUCAGCAGUCAUGAAGCAUGGCGGCAGCAUCACGCGCCUCUUCAUCGUGUCCUGCUCGUUGGUGGUCAAUGCUGUGCUUUCAGCAGUGCUGCUACAGCUGCAGCUCACAGCUGUCUUUUUCCUGGCCACACUGCUCAUUGGUCUGGCUGUGUGCUUGUACUAUGGUAGCCCCUAAGUCCUUGACCACCUCCAUUCUCACUUGUGGCUGUGUAGAUUAGAUGCAACCACUGGAGCCACCUGCCAUCUCCCUACCCCCACCCCCUCAGCAGUAACAAGUGCCUUGUAAGAAAAGCUAGGGUGGCCAGGUUAGGAUGUUCAGGUCGGGGAGAGUUACCCUGAGGAGACUUUAUAUAGAGAGUGUGCUUGGUUAAGAAGACGCUUAAGUGCACCCCUGUAUACCUUCAUACUAAAGAAAAAGAUCUGGGCAGCCUGUCCUUGAGGAACCCCGCCUUGUCCUGCAUAAACAUGGCUGCUUCAAGUGAAGUUUUACUCUCCAUGCCUGCUGUGGUCAUUCCUGAAGACACCCUGCCCCGAAGCUUGGUGCUGGCUCCUCCAGCCCAGCAUGCCUUCCACAUAAGAGAUACCUAGUUUGCCCCUCCACAGUACUGUUGCCCUUCCCAGCCGUUGUUCUGGAAAGGUCAGAAGGGGCUGGGGCUUGACUCAUCUCAGGGAACACCGCCCCUGGGCCCUGACUUAAGCCUACACUCCUGAUCCCUGUGCUAACUUGAGAGCCCUGUGGAAGCCUGCUUCACCUCUUAAGACACUUGGGAGGUGCUGUUCUUCCCACUCUUGCCCCUUCCUAGUGGUAUCCCAGCUUCCAGUAACUUGGAAGGGCUCUGCAGAGGAACCAGGUACAGAAAACAUAGAAAAUCAGUGUCCAACUACUUAAGCAAUAAGGUCUUAAUAAAGUGUUCUAGGGUGUAGGGUGCUUCCUACAACCAUUUUGUUGUUC